AUGACGGCUUGCCGCAGAGCCCUCGUGCCGCCCAUGACAACGGCAGACAUCCUUGGAGGACCUCUAAAGCCGGUGCCGGGCAAGUCAAGCAGCAGGGAGAGUGAGAAGAGUCUCAUUAGUGUUGACAGCUCUGAUAAUGAAGGGGAUGACCCUUUCUUGACCAAGUGGAACAGUCCAUUGAAACCUCGAAGGAGCAGUGACCAGUCACCACCCCCUGCAAAAACCACAUCAAUGGACCUGGAGGCUGUCAAGAGGACGCCCAUGCUCAGCAAUGAGGCUGCCAAAUUCAAGCGAUCUGUGAAACCUCGGAAGCAGAACCGACAGUCCCGCAAGAAGAAAGAUGCUGUGUCAGCACUGGGUUUACCAAGUCUCAAUGAAGAGUCCCCUACCAAGCUGCAGGCAGAGGAGAAUGCAUUUGCAACACAAGGUGCUGACAUCCCAACUGACACCACUGUAUUGGAGGUGUCAUCCGGGCCCUCAGAGAAACCAACUGUAUCACUGAAGCCCACAGAAUUACCUCCUAAGCCUGUAGCUACCAAACCUUCAUUUGAUGCAUCAGCUAAACCUAUCGCCACCAAACCUGGUGAUGCAUCAGCUAAAUCUGUAGCUAUCAAACCUUCCGUUGAUGCAUCAGCUAAACCUGUAACGACCAAACCUUCUGUUGAUGCAUCAGCUAAAGCUGUAACAACCAAACCUUCUGGUGAUGCAUCAGCUAAAUCUGUAGCUACCAAACCUAUUGGUGAUGCAUCAGCUACGACUGUUAGGGUGACCAGCCCAGUGAGUGAUGCUGUACGUAAACAGUCACUACCAGGGACUGUGAAGGUGGAGGUCAGGAAGGAUCCGACCUCUGCCGUCCGACCCUCCGACCAGGACGUGAGUCGAGGGAGGUCCACCUCUGUUAACAUAAAGGAGAAGGUGGAGCCUUCUGCUGAAAAGAAAUCUGAAUUGUCGGAUGCUUUCAAUAAGUUGAAGCGUAAGCCUGUGAAAAGUGAAUCUGAAGAACUGCCAAAAUCUGGUGAUAAACCUGAUGCCAUGAAGUCAGGACCGGAAGUGUUUUCAUUUUCUGUGAAAAAGGAGGAGAAAUUGAGUGAGACAAAGACAGUGACUGUGACAGGACGUCAUAGGAGUGCUUCAGAAAGUGUAGACAGUGUUCACAAACAGGAACAUUUAAACCAAUCUAAAGUUGAGGAGUUGAAACCUGUUGCAAAGAGACAUGAAGAUCCCUCCGCUGUGAGCAAACCUGUGGAGGAAGUGAGGCCUGUUCAGAGGUCAGUGAAUGCAGACAAACCACCAUUGAAGUCUGCCAUGACCGCUGGUGGAGAAAUCAAACCCACCCUCACCAAACAGCUUUCAGGUGAUUCAAAUAAAGAGGAUGAUCAUAAAUCGGACACAAGUUCAGUGAAGUCUGAGAGUUUCAAGAAGGAUGUAGGGUUCAAGGUCGGAAGUGUGACACCAUCACCUAAGGAAGACUACAAACAGAAGCGGCAGAGCAGGAGCAAGACUCUGCCAGAGCAGCCAGUACUGCCGGAUGAGUUCUCAUCUAAGGUUCAAAGAGCAAAGUCUCAGAGAGCAGAUGCUGCACCUGUUGUUCCCACAGCAACAGGUAUUGUCCUCCAGAGAGGCAUUCUACAUAUGGCACACCAUCGUCCAGGAAGGUUGAACCAAAGCAGCAUGAGACAAAGCCUUCUGGUCAGCCAGAAUGGAUGGCAUUGGCUAGGAACAGGAAGCCGGCUGAAAGUACAGAAACUAAUGAGACUGAACCGAAGAAGGAGGUGCUAACUAUUGAUACAACAAGGAAAAGGGCAAUGACAAGAGUGGGGACAAAAUGAGCAAGUCCCUUACAUUCUCCUCAGCAUCCAACUCUUCCACAUCACCAGAAGACAAGAAGGAGUCAUUUUCAAUAAGUAAUUCCAGAUCAGCGAGUGUUAAGAUACCUUCAAAGGUUGACUCUAAACCUCAGUCUGGUCCUGUACGAUUUGGGAGUGUCAAGACUGGGAGCAUUACAACCUCCUCCACUACUUCUGUAAAGUCUGGUAGCGUCACCACUACGGCUUCCAGCAAGUCGGACAGUAUAUCCCAGUCUAGCAGCAGCUGGACCAAGCCCCCAGGUGUGACCCAAACUUCUGUGAGUAGGUCAGCCACGUCAACGACCCCUUCUUCUUCCAGCAAACCAGACAGUAUCAAGAACCUAGGCUCAAGUGUGACUGAGGUGAGCAAAGACUCUAAGGUCUCUCCCACUGAGGGAGUCAAGAAAGACUUCGGUCGGGUUCAGUCAGUGAAGACCCCAUCAUCAACACCUGACACCACCCCAGCCUGGAAGUCUUCCAGUGUGAAGACAGCAAACAAGGCACCUGUGCAAUCGGCCCAAUCUUCCAGUGAUAAGAAGGAAUCAGUCCCAGCAUGGCGGAGUGGAAUAAACAAGCCUGCAAGUAAGGUUACCAUCGAGAUCAUCGAGAAGGAACCCAAACAAGAAGUGGUCUUGAGAAAGAAGAGCCCGCCCGCUGCCUCAACACCCGAGGCAGACUUGUGUCGAGACAGCUCCUCCAACCGCUCGUCCCAAAGUCCUGGACAUGGUGAAGAGCUUCCAGAAACUACAAGUUAACUGAGGUUGCCUGGCAACUGUUUUCUAUAGAACUGAUAAAUGAGGAGUUCAUCCAUACUGACUAUAUUCUGGGAUAUUAAUAUUCUGCUGCUGGUGAAUACAUACAGGUGUACUGUUGAUAUACCAUUCUUCCACUGGUGGUAUAACGCUGAUAUAUCAUACCACCACUGGUGGUAUAGUGGUAUAACACUGAUAUAUCAUACCACCACUGGCAGAAGGUGUGAGAUAGCGUACAACUUAUACAUAACUGAUUGUAAUAUACUUCUUAAUAGACGACCAUGAUGGACCAAUUGAUCUUGUGGAAAUUCUUAUACUGUGACUAUAUUUACUUUGUUUCUGGUAGUAAUUUAUUUCCAUGACAAUAAUGGCAACCACUACAUUCCUCCGUUCCAAUAUUCCCUCACUUCCCUCCAUCCUGUUGGCAAUAGUGUAGAGACAUUCUGACAGUAGGUGACUUCAGGCUGACUGAUGGCAUCUCUUGUUUACAAGACAAAUACCAAUGACAGAUUUUAUUUUAUGUUUCAGUUUUUAUCUUACAUUCUUUACAAAAUGUAGAUAUUCAGGUUGCAAAGUUAUGCAUGUAUCUAUCUCCAGGGGAUCCUGGUGAGGGCCUAUGUGUUGUACAUAUAAGGCCCUUAACUGGUAUAUGUAUUAGGUUGUAAGCAUGGAAUGGAAAGUGUGGCUAAAAGUCAAGUUAGCAAAAUGAUUUGUUUCCUAGUUUCAAGUUUAGCGCUACAGUAAUUGUUUUGACAAAGUUGGGUUUGUGUUGCUGUUUUAGGAGCAUUGUGUUAUUUCAGUUUUGUAUUUUUGAUGUAACAAGAGUCGUGUGAAACAAACACUCAGUUAGUCAUAGUCAAUUGCUGCAUCGGUAUAGUGAUUAGUUAAUAAAUAAUGAAAUGAUAUUGAAAAAUAUUUGAAAAUGUUUUCACUUAAAUGUGAACUGUCCUUGAUAACUGCACUGACUAUGAGAAUGAGCUGAAAGACAAUGAUAAAACUAAGGAUCAAUAAUAAGGGAGAUAACUGUGUUAGAAAUUAUGACCAAGGGAGACAACUGUGUUACGGAUUAAUGGCAAGGAGAUGACUGCAUUAAAGAUUAUGAACAAGGGAGACAACUGCAUUAAGCAUUACGAACAAGGGAGACAACUCCAUUGAGGAAUAAAUGCAAGAGAGACAAGUGUGUUUGAGGACUACCAGCCAGACAGCACCAGACAUUGCAUAGAGGGGUGAUUUCUACAAGACAUGCAUGUUAAUCUGUGUACUCACUGUUUUAUCACUGCCGAGUUAGAUUGCUGAAAUGUUGUUAUAUUCUUUUCUCUGCUGCUUUGUACUUGCAUUUCCAGAUAUGAGAUGUAUGUAGACUGUAAGUAUUACUCUUGAUAAGGAAUGAAUACAAGGUAUGACAAUGCCAGUGUCCAUCUUCAUGCUACAUGGACUGAGAGCAUUGGAGCCAACUUCCUGCAUAUUGUACUAUAAUAUUAUACCUUGUCUGUUUAGUUCUCUUUAUCAGAUAUACAUAUAUAUCUAUGGCAUGUUUAACACUGUAGUUAAGAUGUAAAGCCAAAUGCAACAAGGUUGUACAAAAUAGCUUCCAUGCUGCCCUGAGGGUUCAGUGCUGUCAAUGUCCCGUCUCUUGUGGGGACUGGUGGGUAGCAUAGUAGUGCAAGCGUUAGCUUGCUGCACCUGAGACAGGUUCAGUUCCGUACUGUAGACUUGUGGUUCUGCUUGGGUAGUGACCUUGUAAAGUGUUUGCUCACAUGGACCCCAGGUUCAGUACUGACCAUACUCACUCACUCUACUACAUGAUAAUAUACCAUACGAUCAUAUGGCACCAACUCGUAUCUCAUGGCACCAUUUCUAUAAACAUUCCAUAGGACUAUGCGGUGAUGUUCAGGGUCACAAUCUGCCACAAUAGCUAGUUAUGGGGAUAAGUAUGAAUUGAAUCCUAGUCCCUGUGUCCUGAGAUCUGCCUGUAUUGCAUCACAAAACUGUAAGUGCUCACAAGAUAUGAGCAUUCCAAUAUUUUCUCUCUAUAUUAUCUUACCAGGUUUUUAGUUAAUGGAACAGAUCACUGCUGAUGUGUGGAUUAGAGAGGUUGAAGUGUAUACAGGGACUUGCACAGCUCAUGGUUUAGUCAUUGAGAUAUUUAACUUUUUUUUCUUGUCAGGUGUACAAUAUUGUUCUUUUGAAGGGAGUCCUAUUUCUUUCUUGUUUUCAUGAAACCACAGUGCUACAAGCCCUAGGAAGCAUGAGGUAGCUGUACCAGAGCUGGCACCACCUGAUUAAUCAACACAACAUCCCCGUAUGUUCCACCUUCUAGUGUGACGUGGUUGUCGUAUAUGGUGUUGUUCAUGAUGCUGUGAGUGUUUAUUGAUAGAAGUGAGUGGUUUCUAAACUGUGCCUCUCAGGGAUUUGAGAAAAGAAAGGCUAGGAGUGAAUCUGGAAGAGAGAUUUCGGUAGACAAUUUUUAUCACAUCCCAAAUGGUUCCUCUGUGAUCAUCUUCACCAACACCUUUCUAAAUGUGCUGCUUGAACCAGGAUGACCAAUGUAUAACUCAUUUUCACACAAUGCCAAAACUAAGAUUGGGGUCAUGUUCAGAUGAUUUAUAUAUCAUCACUCAAAAUAUUUAGCAGCUAUCCAGUUCUAUCACUUGACUAUAGGUACUGUGUCAGGGUAUCUUUCUCUGAGUAGUAAAGCUGUUUUGAUGAUUCACAGGGCAUGUAUUGAUGGAUAUCUCUUCACGGAUGGCAUCAGCCGAACACCUGGUGUCAUGUCCAACCACUGUCAGCCCCUAACAAUCCUGUGAACACCACUUAUCACCACUAAUGUAUCACAUAAAGAUAGGAAAUGUUUGGGAGUUAAACAGGAAUAUCAGUCUUUUACCAGACUCUGGUUGGCACAUGUCCUAAACUAUCACCUGACAAGGCCCACAUACCAACUCAUGGCCUAACUUGUUCCUGGUCCUAGGUCCAGGGCCUAACUUGUUCCCGAUCCUAGGCCCACAUACCAACUCAUGGCCUAAAUUGUUCCCGAUCCUAGGUCCACAUACCAACUCAUGGCCUAAAUUGUUCCCGAUCCUAGGUCCACAUACCAACUCAUGGCCUAAAUUGUCCUCGAUCCUAGGUCCACAUACCAACUCAUGGCCUAAAUUGUCCUCGAUCCUAGGUCCUAGGUCCUAGGUCCACAUACCAACUCAUGGCCUAAAUUGUCCUUGAUCCUAGGUCCACAUACCAACUCAUGGCCUAAAUUGUCCUAGGUCCUAGCAAUACAUCCCGGUACCUGCACAUGUCCUAAGUGUUCAUAUGUCCUGCCAUAGGCCUAUACCACUCCAUGUUACAGGCCAUAGCUUGUCCAUGGUUCUCACAUCAUAGACACCUGUACUUUCUAUCUCUCUUCACCUGUUACAGAAAGACAAUGGCAGAAAACUUCUGACUUUGAGGAAAGUGGCAGAUCAGUUUUAAGUUGUUAUAUUAAAUCAUUUUUAGCUGAAAACUUUUGAAUUUUUAAUCAUUUUGCUCAUUGCAUAUUGACUUAUUGUACAAAUAUGAAUUCUCUGUACAAAUGUACAUAGCAGUUGUAUGUUUUUAUUUGACAAAGGACCAAUGUUAUGGUGUAUUUUAUAUAAGUGUUGUUUGAACAUUGUCAGUCUGGCAAAUACACACGAUUGUUAUCCCCACUUGUUAGUCAGACAACCGAGUUGUGUUUUACAGAAGCCAUGUAAUAUAACAGGAGGUUAAUGGAACUGGGAGAUUGUGUCAUCACUCACAAGCAAACAAGGAGUGGUGCUUUCAUCAGGUUGCCUGAACUUCUGAAGUUUGGAUCUUUUGGCUAAAUUAAUAUUCUGAUUUAUUUUGUUGAUUUCUGUCCUGCUGUUACCAAUCUUCUCGUUAGAUUCAUGAAUAUUCAUAUGUAUCUGUGUCAAGACCAGUGUUCCAUGUUUUGACUAAUUUUGGAUUUGGCCUUAUGUUCUGCGGAGACAGAACUUGAAAAUAACAAUACAGUAAUGGUCUCCUGUAUGUAUAUCUGUGAGUCUGUCUGUAUAGCAGUUGUGUACAAGCAUGGCAGGUGCCCCUACAACAUGCCCUAGAGUAGCUCUCUAUAUGGUGCCUUUGUAGCAACAUACAGCUUUGUACAUAGCCCUUCCUUUUAACCUUGUUCAUAGUUGUUGCUAAUGCUUGUUUAUUCUGAUCACAUGACUGCCUAAUAUGGUCAUAGUGUCACCUGACUUAGUCAUGUGAUACAAUCAACCUUAUGACUAUUACUUAGGUCAAAUGUGGUAGUAUGACCUUUAACCUAAUUGUAGUUACAUGACUAACAGUUGUUCAUUCGUUCAGCCAUGUGACUGUGUAACCAGCAUGAUCAUGUGACUUCUAUAUAUGGUGAUGUGACUGUUGAUGGUGACUGUCAUGUGACAGCCUGAAGUAAACAUCCACUCCUGGACUGUAAGUUUGAAAACUUGAAAUAUUUGGACAUCAUGUCAUUGUCAAAUUAAUCCCAUUGUAAAUGAGUUGGAGCUGAGACUCGCGAGUCCUGCGUUUCAUUCACAUCAUGGUGAAUGAAGUCCAGUACGGAGACUCUUAGCCUGACUGUACAUAGGUAACUGUUGAGGACAGUGCGACUCUCACUGAAGAAGUCUCGAGUGUGUGAGGUGUGCAUGAUGUUGUCAUCACUGCCGAUGCCAUCCAGGAGAGGGUGUUUACAGAUGGCGCUCCAUCACCACAUACAGACAGUCUGGCACAUGGGGAGGCCCCAGAUGUAUCGGAUCAUCUGUACUGCCUUCAGACAACAUUUUUAAUCAAUAAUAAAUACCAAUUGAUAA